GUGUAGAGUGUCUCACGUGCGAGUGACCAAUUUGGAAUUAGAAAUCUCUAAUCUUCUCUCCCAAAGGCCACUUAAAAAACGUUCGAAUCGGUGAAGAGGUUUGGCUAAUCGCUCGAGGUUUGACCUGAGAUCACAACAGAAUCAAUCUCUACUCGAAACCCUUCCGAGUCACCAUCACGAUGUGGAGAAGAAUCGUCUCUUCCGGUCUCAAAACCCUAGCCGCCGAUGUCGCCGUCGCUUCUCCUUCUCGUCGAUCGAUUCCCGCCGCCGCGAGACCCGUCGGCUUCCUCCUCUCCGCCGAUCGAUCAUCCGUUUCUGCUCCCGCCUCCUUCAUCACUCGCCAUUUCAGCUCGGAACCAGUAGGGACCCCUGCGACUAAGAAGGUGGAGGAUGUGAUGCCCAUUGCUACUGGUCAUGAGAAGGAAGAGCUUGAAGCUGAACUUGAGGGGAGGAGGUUGCUUGAUAUUGACUUCCCCGAAGGUCCUUUUGGAACAAAGGAAGCUCCUGCUAUUGUAAAAUCCUACUAUGACAAGCGGAUUGUGGGGUGCCCUGGUGGGGAAGGAGAGGAGGAGCACGAUGUUGUGUGGUUUUGGCUGGAGAAAGGAAAGUCUUUUGAGUGUCCGGUCUGCACUCAGUACUUUGAGCUGGAAGUGGUUGGUCCUGGUGGACCUCCCGAUGGUCACGGUGAUGAAGACGAUGAGCACCAUCACUGAGAGACUAACGUUUUGUUUUCAGGGUUUUCAAAAGUUCUACUUCUACAUUUCUUUGUUGGAAUAAACAAAUGUUUUUCGAUCCUUUUGAAACAACACUCAGGCAUCGGAGUUUCUAAAUGCCAAAACUCUUAUGACCGUGGUUUCCCCCUUUUUGUAACAACUCUUGAAUCUGAAUCGGUCUUGCCUCUUGAGCAGAAUGUUCAUACCCC